AUGUCCAAUAGACCACCCACAUAAUAACCAGGAUAACCUGCCACUACAGCUCCAUAAUAUUAACCAUAAUGGAACCCUACAUUUUCACCUCCAAGAGCUUAUUAGGCACCUGUCUAAUUGUAAAGUCCUGCUUACAUUCCUUAAUAUUACACUCAACCAGUUGCUCAAUCAUAUGUUGCUCCUCCUGUCGUUCAAUAACCUAUUGUAUACUAACAACCAGUCGUUACUCAAUCAGUAGUAGCUUAACCAGUAGUGACUCAGCCAGUUGUCUAAUAAUAACCAAUUAUUAAGGGAGAAAGCAGAGUGGAAUACAUCCCAUAUGAGAAGAGCGUGAUCGAAUAUGAAGAAGUCAGACAAAAAAUUUAGGUUCCAAGGGAAAAAUAUGUGACUGAAUACUAAGCCAUCGAAUAUUAAACAGAAUAUGUUCCCCAAGUCUUUUAUGAUAAAGUUACAGAAUAUGUUCCCGUUGACAGAUAUUAGGAAAGAGUCGAAUAUUACCCAGUUGAAAGACAAGUCGUCCAUUAACCUUAGAUUCAAACUGUCGCUUAGCCUGUUGUUUAACAAUCCUAUGUUGCUUAACCUGUAGUCACCCAAUCUUAUGUUGCUUAACCAGUUGUUUAAUAAUCCUAUGUGACUUAAACAGUUCCUGUCGUAUCCUAACCAAUUUAGUAUGCCCAAUACCCUCAAUACGCUUAACCUGCCACUCAAACUAUCUAUGGUCCACCUGUUCCCAUUGGAAAUGGACCCAUUCCUGCAAGUUAAUUACCGGCUGCUGUUAAGACUGGAUAAUUCUAACAAACACCUUAAAAAUGAGAUAUUAUUCAAAUAAAAAUAAUCACCCCAUCGUUUCUUA